UUGCUUGAAGCGGAUUGUUGCUUUGUGCUCAUGGGUCGGCUAGAUGCUCUCUUCAUCUGCUCGGCCUUGCUGCUCGUGCUCGCGGCUUGCUUAGAAGCCCGAGGAGCGAGCCGACCCGGUCGGCCCGACUGGAGGUUCGGCUUUACCGAGCCGGUGAUUCGCAUGCCGACCGAGGGAGAGGAAGCCGUGGAUGAAGAAGGCCAGGGGGUCGGGACAAGAUGGGCCGUUCUCGUGGCCGGUUCGUCCGGUUAUGGAAAUUAUAGGCAUCAGGCGGAUGUGUGCCAUGCGUAUCAAAUACUGAAGAAAGGAGGGCUCAAGGAAGAGAACAUAGUAGUGUUCAUGUACGACGACAUCGCCACGCAUCAGUUGAACCCCAGGCCUGGGGUCAUCAUCAACCAUCCCAAAGGUGAUGAUGUCUAUGCUGGUGUUCCAAAGGAUUACACUGGAAAAAAUGUUACGGCAGCAAAUUUGUAUGCAGUGCUUCUCGGAGACAAGAGUGCUGUGAAGGGUGGGAGCGGGAAGGUGGUUAGUAGCAAACCGAAUGACAGAAUCUUCCUCUAUUACUCUGAUCAUGGAGGUCCUGGUGUUCUGGGGAUGCCGAACAUGCCAUUCCUCUAUGCCAUGGACUUCAUCAAUGUAUUAAAGAAAAAACAUGCAGCAAAGGGCUACAAAGAGAUGAUUAUAUAUGUGGAAGCAUGCGAGAGUGGGAGCGUCUUUGAAGGGAUAAUGCCAAAAGAUUUAGAUAUCUAUGUGACAACAGCAUCAAAUGCUCAGGAGAGCAGCUUUGGAACUUACUGUCCUGGGAUGGAACCUCCGCCUCCUCCAGAGUACAUCACUUGCUUAGGUGACUUGUAUAGUAUUGCUUGGAUGGAAGACAGUGAGAGUCACAAUCUGAAGAAAGAAACCAUAAAGCAACAAUAUCAAUCGGUAAAGCAGCGGACAUCCAAUUUCAACAAUUAUAAUGCCGGUUCACAUGUGAUGGAGUAUGGGAACCAAAGCAUUAAGGACGAGAGGCUUUACUUGUAUCAAGGUUUUGAUCCUGCAACAGUGAACUUCCCUCCCAACAGAGUCCCUCCUGAAUACAUGGGCAUCGUUAAUCAAAGAGACGCGGAUCUUCACUUCCUCUGGCAGAUGUAUAAGAAAACAGAAAACAAUUCAGAGAAGAAGAAGGAGAUCACGGGGCAAAUAUCUAGCACCAUGAGGCACAGAAUUCAUCUGGAUGGAAGCAUCGAAAUGAUCGGUGCACUUCUUUUCGGACCCGAGAAGAGCUCGUCCAUGCUAAAUGCUGCGAGAGAGCCCGGUCUGCCUCUCGUCGAUGACUGGAAAUGCCUCAAAUCUAUGGUUCGAGUCUUCGAGACGCAUUGCGGGUCGCUGACACAGUACGGGAUGAAGCACAUGAGGGCGUUCGCCAACAUCUGCAACAGCCGAGUGACCCGGGAAUCAAUGGAGGAAGCCUGUGCAAGUGCGUGUGCUGGCCAUGGUGGUCUCUGGCAUCCUUCAAAUCUCGGUUACAGUGCCUGAAUGAGUUAAGUCUCAGCAGAAUAAGUGAAACUUGUACAUAUAUGUAGUUCAGAAACAUGAAAAGAGUCCAUUUCCAUGGUCCCUCUGUUCACUACGUCUUUAUGCAAUUGCGAUGAUCUCACUAUCUUAUAUUGCA